UCGAGUGUGCCCACUGGAGAGCACCAAUACCCGCCUGUUGAAUAACGCUGUUGUUCCCUGCCCGAGGGAAUGCAAAGCGAGGAGAGCAGAAGUCAUGAGACCAUGUUUGCUCUCCUCCAGACAGCACAGCACGUUGGUCAUAUGAGCAGCAGAAAAAGACGAAAAAGAAACAGCGAUGGACGGCUUGUCCUGCAUGAGGAGGUGCUGCUGUGGCCAGGUUGAGGAGGAUCAGGGCGGCAAAGGACCAUGGGAGGGAGAAGAAGAGGAGGAGGAACAGGUGGAGGUGUUGAGAAUGGAGGAAAGGGGCGUCAAGAAGAGCAACAGUUCUUCAUCACUGCCAGUUACCGAGCUGGAACCAGACAGUGGCCCGCAACCUCACUGGUUCCACACGCUGCAAAUGCGACGGCUUCGAGUGCAGCGAGUCCGCAGUAACAGUGACCCAUGGAGCCAGGACAACUGCCAGAACACCUUUAACUGGAAAGCAGGACUUCAGUUUGGAACGGCUAACUCGUACGUGAGCCUAGAGAAACUCGGUGAAGGCUCUUAUGCGUCUGUUUAUAAAGGCAUCAGCAGGAUCAACGGGCAGCUUGUGGCAUUGAAGGUGAUCCAGACAAAGACAGAGGAAGGCAUGCCAUUCACUGCCAUCAGAGAAGCUUCACUGCUCAAAGGCUUGAAGCACGCCAACAUCGUCCUCCUGCAUGACAUCAUUCACGCCAGAGACUCUCUCACCUUCGUCUUCGAAUACGUGCAGACGGACCUGGCCCAGUACAUGAACCAGCAUCCCGGAGGUCUGCACUCUCACAAUGUGCGGCUCUUCAUGUUCCAACUGCUGCGCGGUCUCUCCUUCAUCCACGACCGGCGGAUCCUCCAUCGAGACUUAAAGCCUCAGAAUCUGCUCAUCAGCUACUUAGGAGAACUCAAACUGGCCGAUUUUGGUUUGGCUCGUUCCAAAUCUGUCCCCUGUCAGAGUUUCUCUUCAGAUGUGGUGACUUUGUGGUACCGCCCUCCCGAUGUCCUGCUUGGAUCUACUGACUAUUCGACAGCUCUGGAUAUCUGGGGCGCAGGUUGCAUCUUUGUCGAGAUGCUUGAAGGAGUGCCGGCGUUCCCUGGAGUCACUGACGUGUUUGACCAGCUGCAGAAAAUCUGGAUGGUGCUUGGAAUCCCUUCAGAGGAUACCUGGACAGGAGUCACCCGGCUGCCCAAUUAUCAAUCAGACUGGUCCCUUCCUUCUAAGCUGAAGCCAAUUCGCUCUGUGUGGAAAAGGUUGAGUCGACUGCCAUACAAAACUGAAGACCUGGUUCAGAAGAUGCUGAUGCAGGCGCCCGCCGACCGGAUCUCGGCGCCAGAUGCCCUGCAGCACUCGUAUUUCAACAUCUUACCGACGCCCAUCAUGCACCUGAGGGACACCGUGUCCAUCUUCAAGGUGUCCGGCGUAAAUCUAGAAACAGAGUUCCGCGACAACUUCAAUCCUAGCGGCCGAGUCAGACCUUCACUUUUGCCUGCCGCGAAGUUUUGGUGACAUCUUCAGCCCGAGAAGAUGUGUAGUCAGGUGGCCAAGGCAUGACAGACUGCAGAAGGCGCAGGAUACCGAAAAUGAAGCAAAAAAACAUGGUAGACAGUUUCAUUCUUUACAUUCUAUUUAAUUAUGUCAUUACUGUAUGUUUUUUUUAUGAACUACUAUUUUGUAGACUGAUAUUUUUUAUUUUUUUAUUUUUUUUUUGGGGUGGGUUAUACUGGAAUGGCAUUUCCAUUCAUUUGAAUGGGGUCAGAUGGUUUGAGAAAUUUGUGUUUUAAGAUAUGAGUGUGAUCACGGAACAAAUGACCCUCAAAUGUCAUGGCACCACUGUGCUUGGUUUUUGUUUUUGCAGGUGCAGAUCUUGCACUUGUGUCAAGGCCCCCUCGAUCUGUCCUGUGUAUGACUGAUGUUUCUUCUGUUUAGUAUAUACAAUCAUUCUUAUGCUACUUUUAUCGUUUCAAGUUUCCCCAGGACCUUUCACACAGUUUCAGGAUUCACGAUUAAUACUAUCAUUUAUUUAUUUACCAUACACUUGUAGAUCUAGGAUCAAAACUAGUAGACAUGAGUCAAAUUUGAUCCGGAACGGGCUCGACGUAUGUCUAGUUUUGUGUAUGAUGGAUCACUUUAGUCAGUAAAUUUCAGAGUGAAAGGACAACAUUUAUAUUCAAAAUUGACUGUGGCAGGUUUUUCAAACAGUUUCCAAACUGAAAGGGAAAAGGUCUGUUAGAUGCCAGAAGUUCCCUGGAAUAAUGACUGUAAUGUAACCACUUUCUCUUUGCGUCUCUUAGCAGUUACUCAAUUCUGUCACUUCUGUCCCCGAGAGUCAACAUGAAUAAUUAAUCUCAUUUGUGUGGAAAAUAAGCCCCAUAGAAUAUUGCUGUGGUGCUGUGUGGCUUACAAAAUAUGUCGUUAAUGCAAGAAAAACAUUGUUGGCUGUGGUGUGAUUCAUACAGAUUUAGUCAAGAAGUUGACUUCUAAACAAACAUUUCGAAAUGUUUCCACACAACCGAGGAUAUAUUUUAUAUUGUCCCCCCAGACUAUUGUUUGGUGUUUUAUUUGUAUGUGUUUUGGCUGUUUGGUUUAAAAUGAAUGCGAUAGUAAUUUCCAUCUGUCCAACUUUGCUCUUUUCCAUUGUACUCUACAUUAGCAUUAAUCAGACUUUUGUUAGGCUAAUGAUAAUGGCAGAUACGCUGUGCUAAAAAUACUUCGAAAGACAAUUUAUGAUGUUGAUUUUUUUUGUUUGUACCACUGAAUUUUGUGGAAAGACAAAUUGCCAACCUUGCGCUCGGAAAUAAGCAGCAAAACGCUACACAAAUAAAAAAUAAUAAUAUAAAAUACAAAAAUACAACUGCAAAACAUGAGCAACAAAAAUUGUACUAUGUGUUUUUAGCAUGAUGAGUGUGUGCGUUUGCCUUCUCUUGUGUUUGUACC